CACGGCAGUUUGUUUCGAUCACUUUGGCCAUCAACAGUCAGUCUUAGUUUAGAGAUCGCGUUGAAAGGUUGUGCGAGGGAAUUCGAUCGCGUACGUUGUGCGAUGGUGAUGACCACACAAACUGCCACAAGAAAACCAAAUAACUAAAACGAGAAGAAGAAAAACCACACGAACUCUUUUGUGGUGGUCUCUGAAAUAUCCAGUGCUCUUAGUAUAGUCUGGUUUUUGCAAAUAAGAAAAAACAAAACCAGAGUGGCUUUAAAAGGUUCUUAUGGUGCCAGAUGUUAGUGUCUCAGGUUUAAAUUCGUUUAUGCAAAGAAAAAAUUAAAACUUUUUGGAAACCAACAAAACAAAUCCUAAAAAAAAACUUUUAACCAAGUCAAAGUUGUGGUCAAGCUGCUGCUAAUAACAAAUCGCCUUCCAUCACCAACCACAAAGACCAUAAAAUUCCAUUUAACUUCCUAAAUUUGAGCAUUCAUUAAAACUUUUAGUGUUUUCUCGCCCUUUAAACAAACAACCGAAAGCAAAUUACCAACAAGCAAGCAAAAAAGAAACCAUAACAACAAUAUUAAGUAUUAAAUAAUUUCUUUUGUAAAAUUAUGCAAAUUACUUAAGUGCUCAUUUAAAUAGUUUUCGCAAAACAGAAAAAACCAAAAAACGCUGCUUAAGAAAUAAUACCUCCCCACAACGUGCUUAACCAAACAAAAAACAAACGAAAUUAAUCAGCAGUCACAGUGACAGUUAAGAAAAGCACCGCUUUGAAAGCCGCAACCGAAAAAAAUAAUUUUGAAUUCCGGCUCAAAUUUCUUUUGUGUGUGUUUUGUGCGCUGAGCCUGCGCUUUGGCUUGUUUGUUGUUGGCUCACAAAGAAAAAGAAAAGUGAAAUUUCUUCUCGUUUGUUUUUUUUUUUUUUUGUUUUUGUUUUGCCGCCUUGGUCCAGUAACUGUGUCAACAACGUCUCUACCCUACAACACUAUCUUGAUGUGGAUUAAUUUUUGCAAAUAUUCAAAUCUUAAGAUCUUGAACAAAGACAUCUAAACAAAAUGGAGAACGGCCUGCAUGUCUUGCCACAGACCACGCCCAUAAUUGUCAGUGAUUACCUAACACUAUCGUCUCCACCAACCUAUUCACGUCUACCGCCUGAUGGUCAUGAAUUUCCACCAAAUUUCACAGAACCUUUAAUUAUGCCCCUGCCUUCCUCCACCUCCUCCAACUCGUCUUCGCCCAGCAUGAUGAAGUCAACCAGCCUACUGCAAAGUGUUACCACAACAACCAAAGGUGCUAUGCCCGGUGACAACACCAAUACCGUGUACACAGAGAAAUUAUAUGCCGCCUCCAAGGUGGGCCAAACAAUGGUGGCUAGUACCAGGACAACACAUGUGACUAGUACCACAAACAAUGGUGUUACCCAGACCGUAGUGGAAGUGGAGAAACAAAAAUCCUCACCCAUUGUAGUGGAUAAGAAUAGCAAUGAAAUAACAGCAGCAUCUCCACCACCUUUGCCCAAGUCCACACCACCACCCACAGUGCCGCGUAAGGUCUAUCGCCAGGAUUUGGUGGUGAAUGUAGAGGAUUCACGCAGUCCCACAAUGACCACUGCUGCUGGCACUCCCACCAAAAUCAUUAUUGACACGCGAAACAGCCGCUCCACUCAGAAUCUGUCGAGUGGCAACAGCAGCGGCAGUUCUACACCCACAGCUCACAAACUGGAGGCACCCUCCUAUGAUGCUGCCGACUACAAGCGUUCCUUAAGUGCUCCCCGCAGAUCAAGUGAUUGGCGCAAAGAUGAAAAAUCCGAAAAGAGUGUGCGCGACAAAAUCGCCAUGUUCUCCAAUGAUGAUUCGGCUCCCUUGGAGCCUGCCAAACCCAUCAGCUUUUCCAGAUCGAACAGUUCCACCAAACCUCUGAAUUUGAGCACCGAAAAUCUUUUGGAUAGCUCCUCGCACACGCGCUAUUCGGCGGCCACCAAUCUUCACAAAACACGUGCCAUGAGUGUGGAAAACCUUAACGAAGUUGCUCGUCUUUAUCAGCUUUCCAAGCCUUUGCCCGCUCAAAACAACUAUUCCGAUUCCAUGCAUUCCUUGAACACACUCAAUUCAGAGUACAAUCAAAGUUAUGCCUCAUUGCCGCGUCGUCAUGCCUCUACACAGCAUUUGAACAGACAAAUUAGCUUCUCGGGCCAGCCAGCCUACGUGCCAGAUGAGGCCUCCCGCAAGGCGGCUAUAACCAAUAUUCUGGAGCAAAGACGCCGCAGCUUAUCUAAGCUGAGAGGCUUGGUUAUACCAGACCGGCCUCAUGUACCGCUAGAGCCGAUUUUAGACUUGCCAGAAAUCAAAAGUCGGGACAGUGAUCAGAUGAAGGCCUCGGGCAAUACAUCGUCCACCGAUUCCACAGAUAGUGGGGUGGGCUCAGUGACCGGAGGUAUAAGUAUGGGACCCCGGCCAGCCAAAAGAACGGAAAUUAGUUCUACCACCACCACCACAAGCUCUGGCCUCAACAGCCCCUUGAGGCCUCUCAAUGUGUCCACACACAGCAAUACCCUGAAUAUUGCUAAUAAUCGCAAUUAUCUGACCCAAACUUCGGGCAAUGCCAGACACCAAUUAGCUGGCCAAAGUGUACCGCCCCUGGUGGCCCAAAGACGUUUGGAAGCUCUAAAUACCAUACCACCAGCAAAGCCUCCGCGCACUUCACUAGUGGCUACUCCUCGCCAGAUGCUGCAUGAAGAGAGUGAUUCAUGCGAUUCAGUGUUUUCCUCACGCAUCUCCUCACCACCUAUGUCUCCCUGUGUACCCCAAGUGCCCGAAAAGUUUGCCCUAACCCGCACUCUCUCCUCGGAAACCAAUACCUCCAUAGCCAGUUCUACCACCUCAACCUUAACCUCAGGUUCGGGAUCCCAAGCCAGCUGUUCGUCGGUGGGCAGCACACCCACUGUUGACCUAAGUCGCAGGGUUCUGAAGUCAGGCUCCAAUGAGUCAGCCACAAAUCGCAAAAAUAUUUUGGCCUCGGCCAAGUGUCGCAACGGACGCGGUGAUAAUUCAGUGCUGAUGCGCAAUCGUCCUUACGAUGAUGAGGAUAGCACCGAUGGCUAUGACGAGGAUGAAGUUAGAAGACAUCAUAAAUCCAAGCCCCGAUCUCUAAUGUCGAGCACCAGCAGCCUUAUAACCAUGUCCUCAAAGGCUGCCUCCCCCACAGCUCCCAUCAAUUAUAAAUUGGUCACAAAGAACGAUCAGAAUCUGGUCGAUAAGGUCAUCAAUGUGGCCGCCUAUGUUGAAAUCACUUCGGAUACAGAUGACAGUAGUCGCAAAUCGGCCGAUAGCAGUUCGCCCCUUAAGCUCAGUGCCAUGUUUAUUGAUGAAGAACGUAAGCAGAGCUUCAAAGCUGAUCCCUCACAAAAGGCCUUUACCAAACCCAACACCAACAACAACAAUAAUAAUAUCAUCAUACCAGCCAAAGUGGUAGCUCCCAUUAGCUCCCAACCUGUACAGCCUGUAAGUCCCCAACGUGCUGUGGAGGCCAUUUCACCCCUUAGCAAAAAGUCAAGCGAUAGUAGUGAAUUAUCCCAAUGGAUGCAUGUGGAAGUAGCUAAAUCACGAACCUUGAGUUCCAGAACCCCAGAAAGAACUUUGAAGCCAGUUUUCGAGAAAUUCGAAAGCAGCACCACCACAAAGACCACCUAUACCAGUCUGUCGAGCAAAACAACACCCAAAAUCAGUACAGCCGAGAUUAGAGAGAAAUUCGAACGCACCGCAGCUGCCCAAAACAACAUAAACAAUAUCAUCAAUACAAACAACAACAACAACAUUUCGCCCAUUAUCUCCACCACAAAUUUGCUCAGCGUCAAGUCACAACAACACAAGGGCAGUUAUCAUGAGCGUUUCUCCUCGCUGGACUCCAUAGCAUCGUCAUCGUCGGGCGUCAGCUCAACCACACAAAAUGUCUCAUCGACCCAAGAGAACACCACCGAAUUUGGUAGUUUCUCCUCGCUUGGCAGCAAUCAGAGUUUGAUCACUGCUCAAGAUAUACAACAGAUCAUUGAAGAAGCCGAUCCACCUCUUAAAACACCCGAAGCCUUUAUCAUAGUUUUACAAAGGGAUACGCCGGAAUCGAGCAUUGGCAUUACUUUGGCCGGUGGCUCUGAUUAUGAAGCUAAGGAAAUAACGAUUCACAAAAUUUUGUCCAAUACCCCGGCAGCUAAAGAUGGGCGUUUGAAGAAGGGUGAUCGCAUAUUGGCCGUUAACGGCAUGAGCAUGCGCGGUUUAACACAUCGGGAAUCCAUAACGGUGCUUAAGACUCCCCGACCUGAAGUUGUGCUUGUGGUUACACGUUCCGAAUCUGUGGUGGUUAAACCUCUGAGCAAGAAACGCUCCUCCUUGGGCUCUCUAUCCAGUCUCAACGAGAAACCAACAGAGAUUGAUUAUGAAAAGAAACGUAGUUACCACAAAGCUUCCAGAUCAUUGGAUCUUGAUUUGGAUGUCAUAUCCAAUGAGGAGGCAACAAGUUCCACCAGUCGGCACAGUGUCAACAAUAAUACAACACCAUCGAGCACAAGUUCCAGCAGUCGCAGCAGUCCACAGCCGCCCUCUGCUAUGACUACGGAAACUGCCACCUUGGCCAGUAUUAGAGCCAGACGUCAAUUGUCCAGGCCAGAUGUAAGCAAAAUCUCAACAAGUGAACUUUUGGAAAGGGCACAAGAAACCAGAAAUGCUUUGCAAGCAGAAAUUAGAGCACAAGAAGAAUCCACUACACCAAAUAGUGCACGUGUUGUGGAGAUUAUCAAAGAUAGCUGUGGUUUGGGUUUCUCCAUUGAGGGAGGUUUCGAUUCGCCUUUGGGUAACCGACCUUUGAUAGUGAAAAAAGUAUUCAUGGGUGGAGCCGCCAAAAAAACCAAUCAGGUGCGCAACGGUGAUGAAAUCCUAAGCAUCAAUGGAAGCUCUACAGCCAAAAUGACCCGGGUGGAUGCAUGGAAUUACAUGAAACAGUUGCCUUUAGGCCCAGUUAAAAUCGUAUUUGCAUAAAAUGUUAAUUCAUUUGAAACGACCAGAAGUUAAGUUUUAGUUUUUAUUUAAAAAAAACUCUUUUUUUUUGUUUUUUAUCUACAUACAUACAUAUUUACUUAGAAAGUAAAUUAAAAACAUAAAAUACUGUAUAAAACCACAUACACAUAAAAAAAUACUAUUAGUUUUUAGUAGAAAAAAAAAAGAAGAAAAACAAAUUCUUGCCAUUUGCUCUUAACACACGAAAUAAAACUCUUGUAAAUGAAACCAAGUUUUAUUUGCACGGCGAAAAUAAUGGCUACAAAACACACACACACAUACACACACAAAUUUUGGGGAAAACUUUAAAGCAUUUAAAUUUUAAAUUUAUGGAAAAAAAAACAAAUGGUUCUUUAAUAUAUAACAAAAAAAAGUGCAAUUAUCUGUAUUAAAAAACUCUUAUUGAAAUUUCUUUGGUCUAAGCUUCUUCUAUUUUCCAAAACAUGUUUUGUACUUAAAUUGCGAAUUUAUUUUGUAAAUUUGUUCUUAUGGUUAAUUUGUUACACCCACACGCCUAUAGAAAUUGUUUAAAAAAUCUUUAAUUCUGUCUCUAUGUAAGCGCCAUAAUUAUUAUUUAUCAAUUUUGUUCAUAUUUGUGUAAUUCUAUUUUUGUUUUAAAUAUUCCUUUUAUUUUAUUUUUAAUUUUUUGUAGAAAAAAUGUGCUUUAACUUUGCAUUUAUUAUAGAAAAAAAAACAAAACGGAGAAAUUAAACAAAAAUAUCAAUAAUAACAAAGAAUGUGUAUAUUUUUUUUUUUUUCAUUUAAUACUUAAAACAUUUACAUAUAUAUUUUUUAUGGUUUUAUUUGCAUAUUUUGUUAACCUUAAAAAAAUACUUUUAUGCCUAUUAAUAAAAUAUGAUUAAAACUAUUUGUACACUUACAUUUACUAUUACAUACAUAUAUUAUUGUAUAUCUACUUAAUAUUAAUCAAUUUUAAUUAAUCAUAUACAUACUUAUUAUUCAGCGUAUAUGUUAUUUUGCCCUGCCAUGGGUUAAAAUCAACAUUUACCAUAAAUAUAUAUACAUAUUUAUAAUCUACUAUUCCUACUUAAUUAAAUA